UGUGCGUAUCCGGGGUGAGGAUAGGGGAGUGGCGCCUGAGUGACGUGAAAGCAGCGACAGCCAAUCCGAAAGAGAACAGCAAGAAGGAGAAGGAAGCGGAUCUGUCGCCCUGCCGCUAAUCUACACCUCUACUACCCAUUUCGUCUCCCUCCGCCGCCGUCGGGGCCUAAGAGGGAGCGGCCGGGAACCGUUGCGGGGCCGGGAGGGCGGGUGGCGAAGCAAAGCGGAGGGAGACGGUGGUGCCGUUAGUGCUUUAGUGCGCGACGACGGCGGCGCCGUAAUUGAGUCCUAGCGGCGCAGUCGUGUGGGUUCUGGGUUGGGGUGGUGGGGAGAAGCGUAGGGAGGAGCGCGGCCCCGGUGCCCAGGCUUCCCCGGAGUAUCCCGCAGGGCCCCGCGUUGCAGCGGCGGCGGAGGAGGAAGAGGAGAAGAAGGAUGGCGGCCUCGGCCUUAUACGCCUGCACAAAGUGUACCCAACGCUAUCCCUUCGAGGAGCUCUCCCAGGGACAGCAGCUCUGCAAGGAAUGUCGGAUUGCACAUCCUAUUGUAAAGUGUACUUAUUGCAGAUCAGAAUUUCAACAGGAGAGCAAAACUAACACAAUUUGCAAGAAGUGUGCGCAAAAUGUGAAGCAGUUUGGGACACCCAAGCCUUGUCAGUACUGUAAUAUUAUUGCAGCAUUUAUCGGUACAAAGUGUCAACGUUGCACAAAUUCUGAAAAGAAAUAUGGACCACCACAAACCUGUGAACAGUGUAAACAACAAUGUGCUUUUGAUCGGAAAGAGGAAGGAAGAAGAAAGGUUGAUGGAAAAUUACUAUGCUGGCUCUGCACCCUAUCAUAUAAGAGAGUUUUACAGAAGACAAAGGAACAAAGGAAAAGCCUGGGUUCUUCACAUUCUAAUUCAUCCUCCUCAUCACUUACUGAGAAAGACCAACAUCAUUCAAAACACCAUCACCACCACCAUCACCAUCACCAUCGUCACAGCAGUAGUCACCACAAAAUCAGCAGUCUGAGUCCAGAACAAGAGCAAGGACUGUGGAAACAGAGCCAUAAAACCUCUGCAACUAUUCAGAAUGAAACUCCAAAGAAAAAACCCAAACUGGAAUCCAAGCCAUCCAAUGGAGAUAGUAGCUCUAUAAAUCAAUCAGCAGAUAGUGGAGGAACUGACAAUUUUGUGCUUAUAAGCCAGCUGAAAGAAGAAGUGAUGUCACUUAAACGUCUCUUACAACAAAGAGACCAAACCAUUUUAGAAAAAGAUAAAAAGUUAACUGAAUUGAAGGCAGACUUCCAGUACCAGGAAUCUAAUUUGAGAACAAAAAUGAACAGUAUGGAGAAAGCUCACAAGGAAACUGUGGAACAACUACAGGCCAAAAAUAGAGAACUACUCAAACAGGUUGCAGCAUUGUCGAAGGGUAAAAAGUUUGAUAAAAGUGGAAGUAUAUUAACAUCUCCAUGAGGAAAUAAUUAUUCACAUUUAGUGUUUCUGCUUAAAAUGUAAAAUUGAAUAAUUCUGUGAAGCCCUUAAAAUUCUGUGUAGUACAAAACAUAUUUUUGCACACCAAAUGAGUUGGCGUGUUUCCUAUUCACUUUUGUAACUAAUGCAGCAUUUUUUUUUAGUUUUCAAAGUAUUCAAAUAAACUACUUCAACUGGCUUGAAGAAUCUUUUUAAUUUUUUGAUAUCCAAGAACUUUGUUUGCCAGCAAUAGUAUUAAAAGUUGUAAAAGGACAGAAAACAGUGCUCUUUUUA